AUGCCGCCUAGCCAAGAAGCAGUCGAGGAUGUCCCUCGAAUUGCAGAUCUGGGACCGGAAGUCGACACCACUCUAUGCGCCAUCCCAGACAACACCUUCACACUAAAAGGCAAACUUGUCACACUCGAACGCAUCGACCGCUCUCACAUGCAAAGUCUGUCCGAUAACCUUCAACUCCAGAGCAAUGGCUACUUGUUUGACUAUCUACCCUGGACGAUACCGAAAGGCGUAGAUGAACUCUGGAGCACGCUUUCCGCCUUGGGAACCGAAGCAGGAUUUGUAACUUAUGUAGUCAAAGCUGCUCGAAGCCCCCUCAACGCCGAGAGGACAGUUGAAGACUCUGAGUCGAAACACAGUGACGUCCUGGGCAUUAUUUCCUACCUCAACAUCAACAACCAGCAUCGAGACAUCGAGGUCGGCGGCAUCCUCUUUGGCCCGGCUCUGCAGAGAACGACCGCUGCGACAGAAAUGCACUACUUGCUGUUGAAGAAUGUGCUCGAUCCAGAGUCCCAAGCACUAGCAAAGGGCACUUCACCACCGUAUCGAAGAGUGACAUGGAAGUGCAAUGCUCUCAACAAGCCUUCGCGAAGGGCCGCUGAGAGACUGUGA